AUGUCGGCGAAGAGCAUGAAAAGCGAGGGUGCGAAACAGCCGGCCACCGCAGCCACGAAUUUGAUUGCUGGAGGCGGUGCUGGUAUGAUGGAGGCUCUUGUCUGCCAUCCUCUAGAUACAAUCAAGGUUCGAAUGCAGUUGUCGAGGAGGAAACGAGCACCAGGAGCAAAACCAAGAGGUUUCUUCGAGACAGGACAGAACAUUGUGAAGAGAGAAACCGUCUUUGGACUGUAUAAAGGUCUGGGAGCUGUCAUGAGCGGUAUCGUGCCGAAGAUGGCAAUACGCUUCACAUCCUAUGAAUGGUAUAAGCAGUUGUUAGCAGACAAGGACGGGAUUGUCAGUUCAAAAGCCACGUUUCUUGCCGGCCUCAGCGCAGGCGUCACCGAAGCCGUUGCUGUCGUAACCCCAAUGGAAGUGGUCAAAAUCAGGUUACAAGCACAAUACCACUCGCUCUCCGACCCUCUCGACAUUCCCAAGUACCGCAAUGCCGUGCAUGGACUCUUCACCGUCCUGAAAGAAGAAGGCAUCGGCGCCCUCUACCGCGGCGUGUCCCUCACUGCCCUCCGCCAGGGUACCAACCAAGCAGUUAAUUUCACCGCCUACACCGAGCUGAAACAAUGGUUGCAGAAUUUUCAGCCUGCGUAUCACCAUAAUAAAGAUUUGCCGAGCUAUCAGACUAUGGUGAUUGGGCUGAUCAGCGGGGCGAUGGGACCGUUCUCGAAUGCGCCAAUCGAUACGAUCAAGACGCGAUUGCAGAGGACACCUGGAGAGCCGGGUCAGACGGCUGUUAGCAGGAUCGUGCGAAUCUCAAGGGAUAUGUUCAAGCAGGAAGGGGCGAGGGCGUUUUAUAAAGGGAUCACACCGAGAGUCAUGAGGGUAGCACCAGGUCAAGCAGUGACGUUUACCGUGUACGAAUUUCUGAAAAAUAAAUUGGAGAAAAGCAAUCUUGCUUUUGCUGGUGGGAAAUAUGAGGAAUAG